AGAUACUACAGAGAAAGAAGAGAAAAAGUUGGCAACAUGUCUUCGUUCAACAGCUGGCUUAUUUUUGUUACUCUGCUUUUUAAAAUUUUCUUUUACCAAUCCUUAUUCGCAGGAUACAAUUCAAGCUAUCCACCCUCAGGUGAGUUUUUACAUCAGGUAAAUUUAUUUUACCGUCGUCACCAAAAUGACACAUGGCCGGGUGUUUUGCUUUCGCUGAAAGGAAAGCGCACUUAACAAGUGGAAUAAAAAUUUCAGCGUCGCAGUUAUCUUUCAAAAUGAAAAUGAACUGAUAAACUAUAUCCCAUUUGGUUUAGAUAUAAACGCAUGGCAUACACCAGAGAAAACAGAAUUAUUACCUUCCUAGUCACAAGGCAUUUCGCAGAUAUUUUUCAUUGAUAUUUUUCAUGUCAGCCUAAAAUUAAAAGCCAGUUCUUCAGUUUUAAAGCAUUUUAAGGAAACUGUAAACUUGCCAAUUGCUUUUUGAAAUGCACCUCCUCACCUUCCCAAUUUUUCCGAUAUCAUAAAAAUGUCGAGAGAGUUUGUCCCAUGAUCCAUUAUGUUUUAUGACUCUUUCGUACGUCCCGUCUAUGUAUCUAUUAGAAACAUUAGUGUACCAUUUUACCAAAUUUAAUCCGGAAAAGAAGAGAACUGGAUUUAUCGGGUAAAAGGAUUAACGUAGAAGAUAAAGAUAUUUUUAAUGCUUAUCCCUUUCCGGUCCUCUAGUCGGACAAAUUAUAACGUACCUUGACUACUGACAUCAUGCUGCAAUAUAGCCAUAGUAAAAAAAAAAUGGAAUAAUGAUGUGUCAUAACGAGCCUUCCACACCCUUUGUAGUACUUUGAAGAUCGCCCUACCAUUACGGACAGGACAAUUCUUUGACAUGUUUUGACAAGGUUCCACAACUUGUUUUAACUUUGAUUGGUCUCAUAUCAAUGCAGGACCAAUUAAAACCCCCAAUGUUUGAAGGCGGAAUCGUAUUUUUGAAACUUAAGGUUUUGUUGAAACCUUCUCCUGCCUUAAACAUUUUGCACUGGUUCUGUAAUAAGUAGAACCUAACUUGUCCCACAAAAUUGGAUAAAACAGCCAGGUAAGAGAAUUAAAUCAAAAAUUCCUUAAUUUUGGAUAAACAUAAUUCAGUUUGCAUCAGCUUGUUUUCAGCGAGUUUUUUUAUACUCACUUUUUUCUGGGUCUAAUUUCGUUCUUAUUUGCGUUAUGCCAAGUGCUAGACUGCAAUUUUGACGACUCUACGUUUUGCGAAUGGGCAAAUGACAACUCUGAAAGAUCGAAGUUUAACUGGACUUUACAGUCAGGGCAAACACCAAGUUUGAGAACA